AUGUCAGCCAAAUCAGACGAUCCCGAGCUGAAGCUGGAGGUGGAUCUAAUGACACUCGACUACAUCCUGUGCAAAGCCAUCCGGGCAAUAGUAGAGGAUCGAAUAUCACAGAGAAACGGCCAACAGCCACUCUCAAAGCACAUUGAUAGAAAGGGGGAAAGUAUUCUUGGAAUAUUUGAUGCAUUCAUGCAAUUAUUUCGCUACAAUCACCCCAAUAAAAUUAAUGACAAUGAUGCAUACAAUCUCCCGAGAGAUUUAAAGAUCAAACUCCGGAUCCUCACGGUUACAAAUCUCCUCUGUCGACGGUACAGAGCCAGCUCCAACCCCAGUGUGUUUCUGCCCUCCGAAGAAACACUACGUGCUCACAGAGAGUGCAACAAAGCACGCGCAGAGCGCUGGCUAGAUCGAAAUAGAGACCGCAGAAUUAGUUGCGGAACUGCAAAGGAGCCAACGCCUCCUGAUAAGUCGUUUCUAGAGCGAAAUCGCCGAGAUAUGUCCUUACAUAUAGGUAUCUCUCAUCAUCACGACAAGACACCGCCCGUUGGUCCAACCGUCACUCUACUUGAUAUUCUACCGGAGUGCAUGGAUCUUUGUAGAAUGGUUUUUUAUGACAUCCCAGACAAAAGCUGGAUGGAAUUACUGGUUCAAUUCAUGCUGCAUGCGGCCAUCGAGGAGUUUCUGAUACGGGGAAAACCCAUCGCGGAAGCUGCUAACGAGGCUUUCGCGUGGAAUUAUCCCGACGACGUCGAGGUUGAAGAAGCCAAUGGUGAUCAGGACGAUAAAACGCACGCUGCUGAUAAUAUCUCUCAAUGGGAAACAAUGAGGGAUUCGGCUAAGGAAUCUUUUUUUGAUACUAGGGGUGUACAAGAUUGGGAAUCACGGAUCGGGGGAAUCCUCGAUAAGUAUCCUUUCAUACUGUUCGAGGAACGCAUCCUGAAGUGGCUGAUACAAUUGUUAGAGUUGCAGGAUUCAUCUAUUCUCAUGCAGCUGGAGGAGGGUAAACUAGAAGGGCUUACGGUGGAAGAAACGGAGGAAUUCAUGAAUAAGGUUGGUGUUCGAUAG